AUGCAAACGCCGUCCAACACCGCUGCCGAGAAGGCUGAAUGCACCGAAAGAAUCUUAAAGACGUGGAACAUCUCCAGCUUGGACGACGUCGUCGGCAGCUCUCUCUCGCCCUCGCUGUGGAGUUUGAGCCUGCUCAAAAGUCUUGACCUGCUUUGCGCGCAUAAUCUCAGCCAUACCAACGUCCGUGGUCUGCUCAGGGCCGAGAUCACGCACCGAGUCGGCAAUACUCCGUCAAACGGUUUCCUGCACCGCCCAUUCCUUUCCGCGAUGGACGUUGACAACGUUCGAAAGACACAGGGCGGUCGAGAUACUGACAGUUGCAAACCUGCGCGGAAAAUGUUGCAAGCCCGCGCCCCUGCAUUGCCGUCUCCUCGCACUCCGUCGCCCAAGUCUCAGGCAGACACGAGCCCUUCUCCCGGUAUCACCGAUCAUCGUCCGGCCAGGUUUCCUGCGCUAGUGACCCCGAACUCUGUAUCACCCGCAUCGUUCCCUAGAGGCUCUGGCAGACAUGACCCUAGCACUUCCGCAUGCUCCCCUUCGAACGAAACGACAGCUGCAGACGGCUUCAAGCGCAAGAGAGACGCCAUGAUGGCAUGCCUAGACGAGGAGCUGGAGAGCCAGAGAAAGCGUGUUCGUCUGGAGGUUGAUAUUGCGUCGGCCACUGUUAAGAAGACUCGGUUCGAGCAGCAGAUGGCUGAGAAACACGAGCGGGAGGCCGCCCAUGCUCUUGCUAGUUUGCCGACCGAGUCCGAAAAGCUCACAGAGCUCGAGGGCUUUCGAGCCUUUCAGAACGACAUCUUCAAGAUUCGCAAGAAAUAUGCUGUUUUCCUCGGCAACAGCAAGGCUGCUGCGUCGACGGCGAUUGCCCCUGAUGGACACAGACAGGUCGUGCAGGAGUCUUGCCGCACCAUCUUCGAGCUCCUGAACCACCGCAUUGAGGCCGAGGCCGUGGCCAUGGAGACAGAGGCUGGAAAGGCCAAGAAGGCACAGAGAGUUGCACAGGAGGAGAUGGACCACCACAGAGUCGUUGCCAACGGCAAGAAAACCGAGCUUGAGGCGGCUGAGAAAGCGUAUGCUGAUCUGCUUGCCGAGAACGAGGCUUUCGAUGCGUUCAAAACUUCUUUGUGA